AUUCGGGGAGUGUAUCGGUAGCAAAGCCUGCAGGCUAGAGAACAUAUGACUUCUUUGAUCCUGGAAGCUUUUAAAACAAGAAGAGGACUGUUUUACUUAUCUGCAAACUGCAGGGACUCAGGCAGCCUCAAGGGACAGUGUGCAUGCCCAUGUGUCUGUCUGUGAAAGCCAGGCUAGUGUUGCAAGACAAACUUCUGUCGCUCUGUGAGGAUUAUUUCAACAUCUCUGCAUUUCGUUACAUUGUCUUGUGUGUGAUCUUCUGCUGCAUUUUUUCCCCAUACAGAUAAGUCCUCUCCUUCAGCCUCCAAGAUAGAUUCUCUCAGGACUAAGGUUGAACUGCUUAAGUUGCCGUUGACUCUGUCAUCCAAAUCCAUCUCAGAGAGCAAGACUCAGCUUGGCGGAACUACAAAACACUCCAGGGGUGGAGCUGGGGUCCACAAGCCCCGCCCAUUGGCCCCAGACAUGGACAACGAGUCGCAGUACUCGGGCUAUUCAUACAAGUCUUCACAUUCACGCAGUUCUCGCAAGCACAGGGACAGGAGAGACAGACAUCGCUCUAAAAGCAGAGACAGCAGUAGCAGAGGAGACAAGUCUGUGACCAUCCAGGCACCUGGAGAACCCCUGCUAGAUGUAGAGUCCACUCGCGGAGAUGACAGGGAUGAUAACUGGGGUGAGACCACCACCGUCGUCACCGGUACUUCUGAGCACAGCAUCUCGAAUGAGGACCUCACACGGGCUUCUAAAGAACUUGAGGACUCCUCGCCCUUGGAGUGUCGUCGUUUCGCUGGGCCCAUCCUGAGUGGCAUUUUGGGUCUCUUUGCCCUUUUGACGCCCAUCGCCUUCCUCCUGUUGCCUCAGCUGCUGUGGCGUGAUUUGCUAGAGCCCUGCGGGACCCCGUGCGAGGGCCUUUACGUCUCCCUCGCCUUCAAACUCCUCGUCCUCCUGAUCUCCUCCUGGGCUCUGUUCCUCCGCCCCUCUCGUGCCACGCUCCCGCGCUUCUUUGUGUUCCGCUGCCUCCUGAUGGCACUGGUGUUUCUUUUUGUGGCAUCCUAUUGGCUUUUCUACGGUGUGAGGGUGCUGGAGCCAAGAGAGCGGGAUUACAGGGGCAUUGUGGGAUAUGCUGUGUCGCUGGUGGACGCGCUGUUGUUUAUUCAGUAUUUGGCACUAGUGCUCCUGGAAGUGAGGCACCUCAGGCCAGCCUUUUGCCUCAAAGUGGUGCGCACCACGGACGGCACUAGCCACUUCUACAAUGUGGGCCACCUUAGUAUCCAGCGGGCAGCAGUGUGGGUCCUUGAUCACUACUACACUGAUUUCCCUGUUUACAACCCUGCUUUACUCAACCUACCCAAGUCUAUCCUCUCUAAAAAGAUGUCUGGAUUCAAGGUUUACUCACUAGGAGAAGAGAACAGCACCAAUAACUCGACUGGUCAGUCUCGUGCAAUGAUCGCUGCCACUGCACGCAGAAGAGACAACUCCUAUAAUGAGUACUACUAUGAAGAGGCAGAGAUGGACCGCAGAAUUCGAAAGCGCAAGGCCAGACUGGUGGUGGCAGUAGAGGAGGCAUUCACUCAUAUCAAAAGGCUUCAAGAUGAUGAGGUGGCAACAUCGCCCAAGCACCCUCGUGAGGUGAUGGACCCACGGGAGGCAGCACAAGCCAUUUUUGCCCCCAUGGCACGAGCCAUGCAGAAAUACCUGCGUACGACCCGACAGCAGCCUUACCACAGUAUGGAGAGCAUCAUCGCUCAUCUGCAGUUCUGCAUUACUCACAACAUGACGCCCAAGGCUUUUCUCGAGCGGUACCUCACCCCGGGCCCUACUAUGCAGUACCAGCGAGAGAAUGGUAGAGGGCGCCAGUGGACUCUGGUGAGCGAGGAGCCCGUGACGUCAGCAUUGCGUCAGGGACUGGUUUUCUCCCUCCGUCGUCUUGAUUUCGCUCUAGUCGUCACAGUGACGCCCCUUCCUUUCCUCAACCUGGGGGAGGAGUAUAUCGAUCCCAAGAGCCACAAGUUUGUGAUGCGGCUUCAGUCGGAAACCUCUGUUUGAAGAAAAAAAUAAAUGUGAGGAGAAUGAUAGCAAGAGGAAUUGCAAAAGACUUGAGCGAAGAAGGGACUGAGACCAAUCCAUAAUAAGGGCAUGAAAGAACAAUGGAAAGAUAUGGGGAGAGAACCACUCUUUUACUUUUAGAUAUCACUCACGUCUUUUUAAACAACAUUUUUACUUCACAUAAACUGUCUUCCAUCUAUGAGACCAUCUCGUCAAGAUGGCUCGAGACUGACUAACUCUUUUGCAUCUCAGAUGUGAAUAACUUUUUACAUUUUUCAAAUACAAUGUCACAUAUCAGUCCUUACUGGUGCUGAGGGGUUACCGCACAAUACAAACAAUUUACAAACAAUUCUAAGCACCAUAACAUGGCUGCCUUCAACAAAUGUACAACCGUAUUACAAUUAUUUUAAAACCCCUGCAUUUCUCACCAGCUGUCCUAAAAAGGGCGACAAACACAACACAUAAAUCUUUAAAAGUUGUAACUGAUCACUAGAGAACAAUCAAGUGCUUUACUGUGUUUCUCUCCUGGGCAUCCAGGUCAGAAGAGCUCAUGAGAUGCAUGUUUGUAACUCUCCUAUUGCCCUUGAGUUUUGUAUCUGUUGUGAAUGUUUUAAGACUUUGUAUGUAUCUUGUUUGCAGUACUUCUCUUUAUUCUAAUGAUUUGAGGGGACUUUUUCAUAAUUUACAUUUUGUAGCAAAACAGUUCUGUAUACCAGCAAUGGUGUUGGCCUUAGAAUGCAAUUUUCCUCAAAAGGUAGGAUAUGAGUUUAGGAUAAAGUGUAAGUCUGUCACAUAUGACCGAUCAAAUAACAGUUGAGUAUGUUAUGAUUGUGUGCCAAAGUUUUAUAAUUCUGAGGCCUUUUUCAUGUUGUGAAUGCAUACAGAGCUGAUUUAAGUAGCUGGUCGUAUUCAAAUCAGUCUCAGAUUUUAGGUGAUUUAACGAAGACCACCCGUCAUGUCUGCUCCAAAGAGUUCACUCUUUCUCCUGUUGAUGACAACAUUUGAGUCAUUGUACUUUUUAUCCCUCUGACAUUUGUGUACAAAACCUUUUUAUACAUACAUGUAUCCAGGAAUCUGAAAUGUUGAGUUAUGGUUUUCAAAACUUGCAGUUUCAUUUGCUGGCCUGAUGCAUGCACAUAGGUGAUGCAGUUUUGUAUUUUUUUUUUUUUUUUUUAUCAUUUUGAAAGGAAGUUAAUCUAAUCUUUUGAACUUAUUUCCCUUAAAAAUAUGGCUUGUUGUAAAGAGAUUUGUAGAUUUUGGUUAUUGUGUGAAAACCUUUGCAUUUCAUAAUUUUAGAACUAAAAUUUUGCAGCUUUUUUUAAAAUAAAUGAUCGACUUAUGAGGUUUGGCUUAUAUUUUAAGAAUAUACUAAAUUAAAGAGAUUUACUAGAGUGUGGACAUUCACCACCUUUUAAGCUCAGUUUUAACACCCUUUUUUAAAAGUUGGCCCAUUUGUCACUUCAGUAUCAGUUUAAUUUUAAACCCAUCAGGUCAGGAGUAGAGGGGACCUUCAUGUAUUACAGCUGUUUCCCAGUCAUUUAUUUGUAAAGUAUGCAUACUUUUAGUGAAUUUCACACAAAGCGAGUUUUAUAAACUAGCAAAUGGAGCCCAUGGUACACUCACUGGAUUUGCUUCAUAAUGGUGUACUCUCAAAGUAUCAGGCAUUAUGGCUAACUUUUAAAAAAAUGGAGCAUAUUGUGACCGCCUUGUACAUAGUAAAUUAUGUCUUUUGUAUAAAAAUCACUGUUUAAAUUUCACUGUACUUUUGACAAAUUCAUCAAAACAUUAUCUUAUUUUUUUAUUGUAUUUGCAUUCUUUCUUGAGAUAAUCUGCAUCUCUAUUUAAAUGUUCUAAAUCAGUUCGGUAUGGAUUACAGUUUAACACACAUAAGAUGAUGGGACCAAAUGUAAACCUCCUCCUUGAUACUUAAACAUACCUAUCUACAGUUGAUUUCAAUUGAGUAUUAAUGAAGGUUAUCAAAGGGAUAGUUCACAUAAAAAUAAAAAUGCUCUCAUCAUGUACUCACCCUCAUGCCAUCCAUCCCAGGUUUGUAUGACUUUGUAUUUCUUCAGCAGAACACAUUUGAAGAAAAAAAAGUAUUAUAUCUUGGCUCAGUAGGUUCUUAAAAUGCAAGUGGAUGGUGAUCUGACGUGUGACGUAUACGCGUUGGCAUGUUACAGACAUAAUCUCAAAUGUUUUUCUUUGUUGAGUAAGCACACAAAUGCACUAUUGAUAAUAACACAGCUACAAAUACAGAUCAAAACCAACUAAGCUUCUGUAUAGCAUUCCUCCUCCUUAGUUUUAAACACUGCCCAUCCGGGUGUGUUGCACGUCAGUUCUCGCGUGAACAUGCCAACGCAAUUAUGUCACAGGCACAUACUGCUGCUGACCGUAAGCAAUGAUUUAAUGUACUUACAUUUUGAUCUUUUUCGUACCAAAAGUGAUCGUAUCACUUCAGAAGACAUUAACCGCUGUAGUCGAUGUAGAGCUUUAAAGGUCUGAUCACUGAUUCACUUGUAUUCGAAGGGCCUACUAAGCUAAGAUAUUUUUCUUCAAAUGUGCUGAUGAAAAAGUCAUACACAUCUGGGAUGGCAUGAGGAUGAGUAAAUGAUGAAAUAAUAUUUGGGUGAACUAUCCCUUUUAUCCCUAUCAUAUAGGAUAAAUCCCAUUUUUGGGAUAUAACUAACCCAAGUUUGUGUUUUUUUAU